AAACGAUAAAAUCAUGGAAAGCUGAUAAAUUUAAAGUACUUUUAAAAUUCCAUUGUAGCGCUAUAUAUCAUGACUCCUAUGUCUUUAUAUUGGACUCUGGAUAGCACCAGUCUCUCAUAAUCUGUGUUGACUUUUUCGUAGCCUCACCAUCGCCGUUUCUUUUUAUUAGUAUUCAGAAACCUGAGAAGUCUAUGAAAUACGCUAUAAAAAGACGGUUACCUAGUGAAGUCCCAUUAACUGAAGAUUCAAAUCAAUCUGCAUUCACGGGAAAAAAGAUUCAACAAAUGUGUCUUUAGAUUCUCAUCAAUAUUCAUGGUUUUGACGAUUUGUUCGCUUGUCUUCUUUUUGGUUUUCUCUGCAAAAAUUGAGCUUAAAUGACUGUAGUAAAUACGUCUUUAGUUGGUUAUUAAGUUUGUUUAGUGAAAAAGUGCUAACAGGUAAGAAAUGUUAUGAAUAUCCACUAGAUAAUAAGAAUAUCAAUCGUAAAUCAUAGCAGACAAAAAAUUUGKUUCUUUUUUGUUUCUGAAAUUGCAUGAUWAGCGGCAACGAAUGAAAUGUGCUCCAUGUAUGUCACAACAGAUGCAAUUAUUACGAUUCCAUCAAAAAAAUAACWAUAUCUAAAUCGAAAAUGAACAGUUUAUCAUCUAAAAUAUUAAUGAUUCGAUAAAAUUUACAAGGAAUUCAAGGGAAAGUUAAGAAAAUAUUAAGCGGAACAUAUCUGAAUGUCCAAUAUAAAACGAAUUGAAGAAUUUCCUUACGUAAUACCUAACAAAAGAACGAAAAAAAUAGAAAAGAAAUAAAUAACAAAACGCAGGAAGGAAAGUGUGAAAAGAGUCAAUUGUCACUUUUUCUUAAUAAGCCCGCCGGUAGAAUGCAACUAAAGGAAGAAAAGUCCAACUGAACAACAGCGCGAAAUGAAAGCAGAAAAAAUAUAAAUUUUCCAAGCAAUUUAAUUCUAAAUUCAGUUUUGUUUUGUUUUGUUUUUUUCUAAAAAAAACGUGCAAAAUGACCUGUUCAUUUUUAAUGUCAACAACACGAAAAAGACCCUUGGAUUUAAAAGGAGGAAAAGGUUAGUAAAAACGCGGAAAUGAAGAAUCAAAGUCAAUGGCAUCCUAGAAAGACAUUGAAGAAUUGAGAAAUGGCUUUCAGUGACUAAUGUGGCUCGAUGAGGUAUCAAAUUUCACAGCCUCUGUUGGAAACAUUGGAAUAAUUUUCAUUUCUGUAAACCACAUGCAGUACUUGAUUUUAAUGACCGCGAAAUCGCCCAGAAAGAAGCAUCGUAAAAGCGACAAAGCUUGAAAAAUUGUUUAUAGAAUUUAACUGAACUAAAAAAACCCUGAAAAUUGUAGAUUUACUAUAUUCUUGUUAAUACAUUUAUUUGUAAUACGUUGAUCCAUUUUUAUUGAGGUUAAAAAACAAAUGCGUAAAAACAAGAUUUCUUUUUAAUUGUUAAGGCUAAACUAUUUUCAGAUAGCCAGCUACUGAUCUACGACUGUCUUUGUAUGGAAGUUUUUUUAUUGAUGACGUCUUGUUUUAUUUCAUUGGGACAAUUWUCUGUCAAGAUGGCGCAGAAUUGUAAGCAAAAGGAACCAUUAGAAAGAUAGACUUCAAAAUAAUCUUUCCAAACGAGCUCAUGGUCUGUAUGUUUGAACAUGUCAGAUUUAUGACGUCCUGAAAUUAGAAUGUAAUGUUGUUUGUACAAAUUGUCAAUUAAAGGUUUGAAAUUUAAAAGCAARYACAGAUUAGUAGUCCCAUUCUUUACAAAUGUGUCAAGAUUAGAAGAUACGCUUGAUAUUUGGUCGCCAUUAACYUAUCACUACACACRAAUGUGCGCCGGAAAGCAAACACARUUUGUUGGUCUCAAAAUCUCUUAGAUUUCUCAGAGCAUCUUGAAAAGCAAUUYUUUUUCGUGGUUUCAUUUGCUAAUAUAAUUAUAGAGACAUGUUUAAUAAAUAAUUAUAUGUGAAUUCGCGUAAAGUAUAUUGAGAAAUGUAAAUUGAAUAUUCAGGUUUCUGUUUGUAAAUAGUGAUACAAUUAAUUAAAAUAAAAGCCGGGGAAAAUCAAACUUUUUCAAGUACUUUAUGUCAUGCACUGGAAGUAACUGAUUGACUGACGUUGCGCAAGUUUUACCGAGGUUUUUAUCUUAAAAUGAAGAAUAGUCUUUAAUUCAAAGAGUUUUUUAAUUGAAAACGCUUGUAACAUAAUGCUAGAUAACUUCCUUGAAACCUACCAAAGUAUCUUGAAAACAACUGAGCUUCUUUAUUAGUAAGAAUAUCGACAAAUUAAGUUUUUCAUAUUCCUGUUUUUAUUUCCUCUCAGCGAUCAUCUUAAUAAGUAGUUUGUUAUGGCAAUUUCUUUUUCGUUAGAUUUGCAAACAUCGCUCUACGUCCCUCAAAUAUCUUCGGUGUGGCCAAAAAAACAUGUAGAAUUAGUCUUAAUUAUAAGCGUAUUUUUAUUAAAAAUUUUCAUUGAAAAUCCGACAACGUAAUCACUAAAGCUUGUUGUGCAGUCCUACUUAAUCUACAAGCUUUUGUCAACAAGACACAAAAGACUGCCAAACUUAUGCUGAUGUUUAUAAAGACUCGGUCUUUCAUAGGCUGGACCUUCUCAUUUCGUAUAUAUUUACCUCAAUUUGGACUUAGAGCAUCCUGCUGUAGCUGAAGAGCUCUCAAGUUAAGAGAUAUUAGAAAAGUAGUAUUUCUUCAUUUGGCGUUUCAUUUCUUGCUGCAGGACGGUACAAACAACUACACCUGAAAACGUUUUUGACGAUUUGAAUGUAUUUCUGAGAUACCCUAGGCUGCUGGCACUGUUGAUGGUCUCCUGGUGACAGAAGCUAACAACAUCCUUUAAGAACAAUAGAGAUUUCUACUUGGUUAUACGAAUAGUGAAAGUGCCAAAGCAUUGCUAUUGUCUUUCCUGCCUAUUCAAACAGAACUUAGCAAAAUUAAUUACGCCCAAUACAAGCCGAAAGAGGUGUCAUUAUCUAUAAAGAAAGCUUGAGGAAACACUUUCGUACUUGUCUUGAAAAUUACACAAGAGUACUAAAGAAGGCUUGAUWAUCACGAUUAUCGCGUUACAUUCACAGCUAUGGAAAAUAAAAACAAGAGCAACAACAGUACUUCAAUGGCGCCUUUUCUCUACACCGAAGAUUAUUUGAUGUAUGACUCCUUCCUCGGUGUACUUAGUUUCUUCAUUGUAACUGUCAAUACUUUGGUUCUCUUUGUCUUUAUUUACAAGCCUCAAAUCAGAACCAAAACGAACUGCCUUCUAGCGAGCCUAGCAGCAAGCGACUUAUCAAUGGGGUUAUUUGGAAUUCCAAUGUACAUYGGUAGCGUUGUGACCAACAUCUCAUGGCUUUUAAUCACUUCAGGUAUGGUGUACAGGUUCAUAGCCGUCUCGACAAUGUGUCACAUACUUGCCAUYACAGUAGAGCGAUAUGUGUUCAUCAUACACCCCAUGAAUUAUGUCAACGUCGUCAAAAGAGGUCGUCUCUAUGGCUUGAUUGCUUGUAUUUGGAUUUUCUCCCUUUCCUUUGCUGUCAUCCAACUUGCUUGGAUCGACGUUACCGACUUUUACUCCGCCACUGAAACUAAAGUGAUGGGUGGCAUUAUUUAUCAUAGUGUUGGGGUCACUGUGUGUUUUGUGUGCCCAUUCCUAGCCAUGACAUUCAUCUACGCAAAGAUGUUCUCCGUGAUCCAUCGUCAGGUAUCCGAAAUCAGACGUCAGCAUAUUGCAACGGAGUCRCAAAACUAUUGUCCAAUAUAUGCUGAGCUUCGCGCCAUUUCGGUGUUUGCAACCAUGUUGGCAAUCUUUGCAUUUUGUUGGGUCACGUGGUAYAUCUCAGUUUUUGAACAAUACUUGAAAUAUUAUGACAGAAAGUUUUCAUUUAACAUCUCCGAGGAUGGGUAUUUGGUAAUUGAUUUCUUACGAUUCUGCACUUCGCUUGUGAAUCCGCUUCURUAUAUUUACAUCAAGAAAGAUUUCAGGAAUGCCUUUAGCUCUGUGUUUAGAUGCAAAACAAGGUUUAGUCGACAGGGUAGUAGUAGUUAUAGAAGUCAGGGUACAACUCACUUAUACGACACCCAGUAUACAACAUGUACAUAUGAAGAUACCAAAUGCUAAACUGUUCCAUAAGGAGUACGGGCAAUCCACGGAGACAAUGCUAUCAUGGUAUAUGAAAUCAUCUAGGUGUACUAACAAAAGUUCUCUMUAUAUGCUAAAGACKGACAUCGGGUAUGCGCCUUAUGGAAAAAUGUUUGUCGGGCCAUUGAAAAUUGCUACGUCAUCGAAAAUAAGACCGCAAAGGAGUAUGGGCAGACAAAAGAUAAUUAAGCUGAUUAUAUGCAAUUAGCGAUUCAUUUUAUUUUGUUGAAUGUGUUUCAAAAUUGUACAACUUUUUUCAUGUCUCGCGUCAUUGUAGUCGUCUUACCCGCGCGCUCCAAUUCGAGUAGGAUUGCGCGACCUUGAGAUAUACGAUAGUUGUAGACGAAAAUAGUGCCUUCGCCUGAUUUGUCUUCCCAUGUUCCCCAUCGGUCUUAUCUUCACUGACGUGACCUUCUUCUGACCCGGAAAACCUUAAUUUCAAAUAAGUGUAACUUUCCGCUUAUGAAGUGGACUACAUCUACUGUAAAAAUGGUUUCAUAAUAUAAACAAAUCCUUGAUUUACAAUUUUUCAUUAAUAAUCGUAUCUGAAUAUCAUGGAAGUCUAGGUUUCAAAAAAUACAAAAUGUAAAAUKUGGGUGAUUUCGAUAUUAAAAAGCUGAUUUCAAAAUUUCAAA